CCGGAGAGCCGGUUGAACGUGCGACGACACUACUGUGUGGUGCUGUGUUCCUCUCCGUGCCACGCGCUGUGCAACGAUAUUUACUUCGUGAAACUACCAGCGAGAUACAAGAAUGGCGCCAAAGAAACCGGAGGAACCUGAAAGGAAACCGCUGAUCGGCCGCGUGGGUACCAACCUGAAAGUUGGCAUAGUCGGUAUCCCGAACGUUGGGAAAUCGACGUUCUUCAACGUGCUGACGAAAAGCCAGGCGGCGGCGGAGAAUUUCCCGUUCUGCACCAUCGAUCCGAAUGAAAGUCGCGUGCCCGUGCCCGACGCGAGGUUCGAUUAUCUCUGCGAGUACUUCAAACCGGCCAGCAAGGUGCCGGCCUUCUUGAACGUGGUGGACAUCGCCGGACUCGUCAAAGGCGCCGCCGAAGGACAGGGCCUCGGGAACAGCUUCCUCUCGCACAUCAACGCCUGCGACGGAAUCUUUCAUCUGUGUCGAGCGUUCGACGACGACGACGUCACCCACGUGGAAGGCGAUGUCAACCCCGUCCGAGAUCUUGAGAUUAUCAGCGAGGAGUUGCGGCUGAAGGACAUCGAGUUUCUGAACGGUCACCUCGAGAAGUUGGAGAAACUCGUGGUCCGGGGAAACGACAAGAAACUGAAGCCCGAAUACGACACGCUGCUGAAAGUGAAGUGCGUCAUGGUGGACGAAAAGAAGCACAUCAGGUUCGCCGAUUGGAGCGCCACCGAUAUCGAAGUACUGAACAAAUAUUUAUUCCUCACAUCGAAACCGGUUAUUUAUUUGGUGAACCUCUCCGAGAAAGACUACAUCCGCAAGAAGAACAAAUGGCUAAUCAAGAUAAAGGAGUGGGUCGACAAAAACGAUCCCGGAGCUAUUCUGAUCCCUUUCAGCGGUGCUUUCGAGAACAAACUCGUCGAUAUGGACGAGGCGGAGCGCGCGAAGUACGUGGAAGAGCAGAAGGCUACUAGCGCGCUCGACAAAAUCAUCGUCCAAGGAUACAAGGCGUUGCAGUUGCAAUACUUCUUCACGGCAGGACACGACGAGGUCAAGGCGUGGACGAUUCAGAAAGGCACGAAGGCUCCGCAGGCGGCAGGCAGAAUUCACACCGACUUCGAGAAAGGUUUCAUCAUGGCCGAGGUAAUGAAGUACGACGACUUCAAGAACGAAGGCUCCGAAACCGCAGUGAAGGCUGCUGGCAGAUACAGGCAGCAAGGACGCAAUUACGUGGUCGACGACGGUGACAUAAUCUUCUUCAAGUUUAACGCCGGCGCGGGACUGAAAGAUGCGAAGAAAAAGUGAUGGCACGCGAUACUCAUGUUGUUGCUGGUGCAUUUCUACAUCAACAUGAUCCUCAUGUUCUGUUGCACGCGCGACAUGCGCGUGAAACGGUCGAAAUAGCUUACAAACACCCCUAACAGUUCUUUUCUUACGUUGCCGGAAAUCGAUCGA